AUGGCAUCAGCAGCUGAGAACAAAAAGAACCAGAAAUCAGGAAAAGCUAUGAAUAAUGAAGAUGAGAUCAACGUCUCGAUUUCUUUGUUUGCGAUGUUUGACAUGAGGGAGGAGAAGAACAUCUACCAGGAGCAAGGGAAGGAGAUGUACACCAAAUACGAUCAACAACAUGCCCAUCAGCUCCUCAAACCUGGAGCUGCUUUCCCAUUCGCCAAGGCGCUGAUGAUGGUGAACUCCUACCUGAAGUUUCUGCAUCCUGAGAGUCAGGAACUGUUUAAGAUCCUGCUGAUGGUUCCCUCAGAACUGCACCCAGGAACACGGCUGAAAAGGAGCAUCGAGUUCUUUGAGUUCCCUCGGGAAGCCGUCGUUAUCCGUGAGUUUGGGAGCACAGCUAAGCUGAUUGAUGAACUGAAGAGCAGCGGAUCUAAACUGUACCUGUCCGAAAACACCAAGCCGGACGGAGCAGAGUACGGUAUUCCGGCAGCUACCGUCUCUGUUUCGGAUGUGAGGAUGGAUCUGAACAAUUUUCAGCUGCGAGUGGCGUUUGAUGGAGACGGGAUUAUUUUCUCGGACGAGGCAGAAAAAAUCACACAAAAGAAAGGACUGGAGGCGUUCUUUCAACACGAAGAGACAAACAGAGACAAACCGCUUCCCAAGGGUCCUCUGAGUGGUUUCCUGGAGGUGUUGAUGAAGCUGCAGGCUAAGUUCCGCGCUGAGAAGAUGAUAAAGAACUGCCCCAUCCGUACCUACCUGGUGACGUCGAGAGGCCUGAUGAAGUCUGGAGCCCGGGUCAUGAACUCUCUGGAGCACUGGGGGAUGGAGAUCGACGAGGCUCAUUUCCUCUCCGGGGGUCAUAAAGCUCCGGUGCUGCAGGCCAUCAAACCUCAGAUCUUCUUCGAUGAUCAGAUGCGCCACGUCCUCGCAGCCAGAGAGGCGGGCAUCGUGGGCGCCCACGUGCCGUACGGGGUCGCCAACGAGUAA